UGAGUGAGUGAGUGAGUGAGAGAGAGAGAGAAGCCGGUGUUCCACUCUGAUGCACACAUUCCCACAGAGCACCAUAGCACAGUGUCCUCUGUUGAAAAAGUGGCUUGUUCUCACUGAAGAGGUGAAGAAUUGAAGGUCAUUUUUGGAGCUAGCAGAAGAGCAGGAAGUGGAGGACAAGGACGAGGACUAGGUUCAGGUAUCCACCCCUGUCCAUGGACCUGGGACACCCAGGACACACACAUGAGCAGGAUGGCACAAACGAAGUCUGGCACAUCUCUGAACUUAGUGCCAGGGUUGUCACAGCACUUGCGUGAUGAGCAGGAAGCUGUACAGAAGCGGACUUUUACAAAAUGGAUCAAUUCCCAUCUGGCAAAGCGUGACCCUCCCCUGGUGGUGACGGAUCUGUACGAGGACAUUAAGGAUGGCGUGAUGCUGUUAGCACUUCUGGAAGUGUUGUCUGGACACAAACUGCCUUGUGAGCAGGGCCGCAAGCUCAGAAGGAUCCACUGGCUGGCCAACGUGGGAACAGCGCUGCACUUCCUCGAGGGCAGGAGGUCUGUGUACAGAGGAUCUCCGAUCAAACUGGUUAACAUCAACACCACAGAUGUCGUAGAUGGCAGACCCUCGAUCGUCCUGGGCUUGAUAUGGACCAUCAUAUUAUAUUUCCAGAUUGAGGAGCUCACCAGCUCACUUCCUCCUCAGAGCGUACAGACUAGCAGCACGUCCUCGGUGGACAGCUCCAACAGCACAGAGGCGACCAGCCCGCCUGUCAAACGCAAGCCCCGCCUCUCCUUCCAGGGCGGAGCCAAGAAGGCGCUGCUUAAAUGGGUUCAGAAAACCGCUACCAAGAGACUGGGUCUGGACGUCAGGGAUUUCGGUCCUAGCUGGCGUUCCGGUGUAGCGUUCCACGCCGUCAUCUUCGCUCUGCGUCCUCAGCUUGUGGACAUGGAGCGCGUGUGGAACCAACCCAACAGAGCCAACCUGGAGGAGGCGUUCUCACUGGCCGAGAGAGAGCUGGGCAUCCCGCGUCUGCUCGACCCUGAGGACGUGGACGUUGAUAAACCAGAUGAAAAGUCCAUCAUGACAUAUGUGGCUCAGUUCCUGAAGCAUCAUCCAGACUCUGCAGAGACAGAGAGCGUCAGACGUGAGGAGGAGUUUGGCUUUGCACCUCCCGUCUUUGGAGAAAUGUCAGAGCGUGAACAGAGGAACGUUCUGAGGGAGCUGAAGGUCUGGGCUGAUCAGAUGGACAGGGACUGUGCUGAGGCUCAGACAGAGGCCGGAGAUCUCAGUCAGCAGUAUCAGGUCUUUAAACAUUUCCGUGAGCAGUAUGAGAUGAGGAGGAGACAAGUGGAGUCCUGCAUUCAGUCCACUCAGAAGGACGGCAUGCUCACUUCAGACCAAGCUCUGGUUAAACAGGCCUGGGAGAGACUAUCUGCUAGACUCCUGGAGUGGCAUCUGCGGCUGGAUGGUGGGUUGCCAGAUCCUCUGGGUUCUGUAGGUGUAUGGCUGCAUCAGGCAGAGAAGAUCCUCCAAGAGGAGCUGGCUCCUCAGCAGAGCCACGAGGAGACUGCCAAUGCCAUCCACCGAACACGGCAGCUCCAUCAGGAGGUCCUCCGCCUCGUUGAAACGCACCAGCAGACUUUCCAGCGUUUCCACCGGGACCGGAGCGUCGGCAGCGUUCCUGUACCUGCCGAGCAGCUCCAAGACAUGGCAGAGAGAUUAAACUACAUAUCUACCUCCUCACACGCUCAUCUGAGCAAACUGGAAUUCUGGGAGUGGAGAUACCGCAUGCUGGGCUUCCUGUCGCUGGGCGAAUCCAAGCUGAAAUCCUGGAUAAUUAAAUACGGACGACGGGAAACAACUGAGCUCCUGCUCCAGAGCUACGUGUCAUUUGUCGAAGGUGAGCACUUCUUCCAAAAGUACGACUCCAUCUACGAGGCUCUAAAGAAGGCCGCCGUGCUUUACAUAAGUGCUGACACUUCAGUUGAGAAGAGGGUGAAGCGCUUCCUGAGAGACGUGGCUGAUCAGUGGAGGAGUCUGGCGGUGGAGGUGCGCAGCGUCAGGUCCAUGCUGGAGGAGGUUCAGGGGAACUGGGAGAAGUACAGCAGCUAUGUGGCGUCUCUGCAGGCCUGGCUGGAGGACGCUGAACGAGCGCUGAGACAGCCAGAGAACACUAAACGAGAGUUCUUCAGGACUCUUCCACACUGGAUGGAGAAUCACGCCGGCAUGAACGCUGCAGGAAAUUUCCUCAUAGAGACGUGUGAUGAAACAGUGGCUCGUGACCUGAAGCAUCAGCUGCUGCUCCUCAACGGGAGAUGGAGAGAUUUAUUCACUAAAGCCAAACAGUACGCUCGUGUUCACGAGACUCAGACUCACAGCGAGACGGAGCUGCAGGACGCCGUCAAGGUUCUCCGAGACUUUUUAGAAACUUCAACAGCCAAACUCACCUCACCUGUCCAGGUGUCGCUACCGGACUUCAGAACGUUUGUGAGGAAUGUUCAGGAGAUCAAGCACAGGCUUCCAGCGAUGGAGGUGAGAUAUAAAACGGCUGCUCGCACGGCUCAGCUCUGGACCAGAGACGCCAGCAGUGGUGAUGGAAAGCAAGUCCUCGCUACUAUGGCGUCCAUUAAAGGGCAGCUAUAUAAGAUGAAGGAGAAAUGUCCACUGGUGCUGAGAGAGUGUCACACCGUGCUUCCUGUGUUAGAAGAGCUGGAGGGACAAAUCUCAGCCUUCUAUCAGAUCGCCGAUCAUGCAGGUCACAUCAUCGCUCAGCAGCACGACCAACAUAAAAACCAGGAGUUGCUGUCGCAGCAGCAGAGCUGUAAGCGGUGUGUGUGCGCAGUGGAGCGCAGUUACCUGGCCCUGCAGAGGGCGCUCUGCUGCACGAAGACUCUCUACAACUUUGACGCGUCUCUCCUGCAAAACAGAGUCACCGAGCUUCAGACCACCGCCCAGGCUCUGAUGCAGGAGGCGUUGGAGUGGAGGAGGGUCGCGGAGGCUAACGGUAACCUGACACGCCGAUUCGAGGAGACUCGCGCUGAGCUGGAGAAGACACUGAGGGUGGGCCAGGCGUGUCUGACAGAGAGAGGAGACCCUGCUGAGCUCUUCAGCAAACACAGCGACUUUUUCAGCCGACUGGACCAGCGAGUGUUGAACGCAUACCUGAAGGCGUGUGAUGACCUCACUGAUAUCUUACCCGAGGAGGAACAGCAGGGUCUACAGGAGUCAGUCAGGAGGCUGCACAAACAGUGGAAGGACAUCCAGGCUGAAGCUCCGGCUCACCUGAUGAGGCUGAGAGUGGAGGCGGAGAGGCGCUUAGUGAUGACAUCACUGCAGGAGUGCAGGGCGGAGCUGCAGAGAGAGGAGAAGAUGCUCGCUACAGCUGGCAGUGAGAGAAUGAUCCGAGAACACAGGGCUUUUUUCAGAAACAAGAACCCUAUUUCUGCAUGCGAGAGGAGACUGAAGACGAUGGAACAGCUCUGUCAGAAACUUCCAGAAAAUGACCCAGUGCAAAAAGUCCUACUGGACACCAGAGAUACUGUAUCAGAGGUCAAAGGUGAAGUGGAAAGUGCUCACGUGAGGCUCCAGGAGCAUCCAGACAAGUGGAGCGAGUGGCACUGCAGGUUCGGUGAACUCUCAGCCUGGAUCUCUUCCCAGCACAGAGACGGAGAGAGCCUCGCUGUGCAGCGUGAGGUGCAGAGGGCUCAGGAGGACGCUCUGUCCUGGCUCACGGCUCGUCUGGAGGUGCUGGAGGAGCUGAGCACCGACGCUGAGGCUGUGACACAGAGAGCAGCGCUGGACGAGCUCACUCACACACUCACCACCCUGCUGUCCUCCCUAGAUGAAGCGAUGUCUCUAGAUGGGAACAGUGAGAGAGGAGAGGAGGAGGAGGACGUGCUUCAGACGCAGGAACACAGCCGAAUCCUGAAUGCAGAGAGUGUAACGGAGGCCAGGCAGCUGCUUCUCAUUCACCAGCAAAAACUGAAGUCCCAGCAGAAGAGAAAAGGAUGUCUGUGUGAAGCAUUGCUUCCUGGUGAGGAGAGUAGAGAGGACUGCAGCUGGGCAGCACAAGAGAAACGUCUACAGGCCACUCUGAGCGCAUGGCAGGAGUUUGAGCUGGACCGAGAGGCCGUCUGGCAGUUUGUGUGCAGCGCGACUCCUGUCCUGCAGAGAGAGUUUAUAUUCAGCAGCCUGGAAAACCUCACGAAUCAGCUCGAUUACGCUCGCGAGCUUCAUAUACAGACUGGCGUGUUCAUCGAGAAGACUGAGUCACUGAUGAAAAAGGCGUCUGAGAUUCAGUUGGGUUCGGAGAAUUAUUCUCUGCUGCGUGAUCAGGCCAAAGCGGCUCAGAGGAGAGUGCAGGACACGCAGGACAGCCUCGGGAAAAUGAUAUCAGAGCUUGGUGAGAUGCAGGCACGAUGGCAGCAUUUCAGCUGUGAGUCAGAAGCACUCUCCUCCUGGGUGUGUGAGAGAGAGAAGGAGUUGGAGGCUGUAGAUGGCAACACUGCUACCUUGGAACAACAAAUUCACACUGUGGAGGCGAUGGAGGCAGGUCUAGAGGAAAAGAAGGACGUCUUGAGAAAAUUGGAGGCGGAGUCACGUGCUCUGACUCGUUUCAUCACUCCCGGGGAGGCGGAGCAUAUUAAAGCUCGUUUGAUGCAGAUCAUAAGAUACUGGGAGGAGCUAACAAACAGCGUAAAGCAACGAGGGGCGGAGCUUCAGGCCAGCUUGUCGCAUAAAGUGAAGUUAACUGAGGAUAUGGAGGAGGUUAAAAGUGUGCUAAAAGAUCUUGCAGAGAAGUUGAAUAAACCAGUUACAGGCUGCACAUCAACAUCAGGGACGUACCAAGCUCAUCAUGAGCAUAUGGAUGCAUGGCAGGCUCUUAAGCUCCUGCAGCCCAGACUGGUGUCAUUGAGCCUGGGUAUGAGAAGGAUAUCUAAUAAAGAUCAGCUGCAGAAAGAAGUAUCAGACCUCCAGCAGGCUCAUAUACAAUACACUAAUAAGGCUGCCAGGAAACAAGCCAAACUGGAGGACCUGUUGACUCGAUGGCAGCAAUAUGAAAGAGGACUCUCAGUUCUCCAGGGCUGGUUGGACAGUGCGGAGAAACUGUGUAAAUCUGAUACUCCAUACCUGAUCACAGAUAAAGCCAAACUCCACAGUCAGCUACAAACACUACAGGACCUGCAGAGUGAGGUUCCUUCUCAGGAGUCUUUGCUGGAGAAGUUGGAGACCCAGGCUGAGUUUCUGUACCCCACAGCAUCAGAGGAACGAGUGGGAGAACUGACCGAGCUUCACUGCAUCCUGGAGGAGAGGUGGUGUUCUCUCAGUGUGAGCAUACCUCUCAGGAUUCAAGAACUUCAGGCCCAUCUUUCUCAGCUUGAGCAGUUUAACCAGGUUCUAAUGACCCUCAGUCAGUGGAGUGAAAGUUUUCUCAGGGAGCUGAGAUACAGGUCCAAAGUCACCAUUACUGACUUGACAUCUGCUGGUACCCAGAUCAAGGAUGAUGAAGCUCUUCUUCAAACCCAAAGCAAAGCGAUGGAGGACCUGAAGAAGCACAUGGAGGGACUAAGUCCCUCAUUGGCUCCACUGGAUCUUCACCGAUUACAAGCCAGGCAGGAAGACUGUCUCCAGCCCUUCUCAGAGGCUAAGAGUCUGCUGCAGAACCGUUCUGAGGCUCUGGUUAAACUUGAGACCUUCUUGGUGACCUAUAGGUCGACCACCAAUUCACUACAGACCCUGCAGAGAGCUGUAGGACAGGCAAACUGGGACCAAACCAAGGAUAGGAACCUGAACCAGGAACUAGAGCAGUUGUCCCAGGAGUUAGCCUCUGUGGAGGUGCAGGCUGUAAGUCUGGACAGUAGUCUGAACAAGGCAUAUCUACACCUGCACGGGACUGAUGGGGACCGGACAUCCUGCCGGGGGCUGGUGGAGGAUCUGGGUUCAGAACUGCAGCAGAUUCAGAGGAGCAUGGGGACAAGGCAGAGUGAGGCAGAGGCACUAGGAGCCUUGUGGAGCUCCUUUACGAGAAGAAAGGAGCUGCUUUUGAAGAGCCUGACAGAGCUGGAGGAUAGAGCCAGAAAACCAUGGCUUCCUGAGCCAAGCACACAGAACUUCCAACAAAGACUGUGGAUGCUGAACCAAUUGGAGGAGGAGCUCGAUGCUCUCCAGCACAGUCAGCUGUGGUUAGGGGAGAAAGGGGAGCAGUUGGCUCACAGAGACCCUGAGAUGGUCGGAGAGGCCCGGCGGGAUGUGACCCUUGUCCAAACCAGCUGGGAGAAAAUCAAAAACAUCAUCUCCGAGGAGCAGGAGCAGUGCAGAGUGCUGGUGGGGAUGUGUAAGGAUUACCAGACUCUGAAGUACAAACUCGGCUCAGUUGUCGAGAGAGCUCAUGUUGUCACUGUUACCCAGUCUGUCCAGCACAACCCUGAGGACAUCCGGAGAACCCUGACCCGGCUGGAGGCAGUGAAGUCAGAGUUGGCAGGCGCUCAGGACGACCUCGAUUUGUUUAUCUGUAAAAGCAAGUCCUUCAUCAGCGAGCUGAGGAACUUUCUAGAAGACUUAGCAGAAGCAGUCCGCGUGGAAAUGGACACCAUCGUGGACCAGUGGAUGGACACAUCAGAGAGGACGGAAACUGAAGCAGAUCGUCUUACAUCCGCUCUUGAGUUAUGGAAUGAGAUUAACUCAGUCGUUAACGACAUUGAGUGUUGGAGCGCCACUUCAGUUAGCGAGCUCAGUGAUGGACCUGUUAACCUCUUAUCCAGUGCCAACAUGGACGACUGCCUCAGGCAGUUUAAGCUGGAGAUUGAGUGUAAGAAGGUGCUAAUGGAGACCCUGCAAGGAAAAGUUACUGAACUACAGGAAGUGACGAAGAACCAGGAAGCUGACAUCGAGCUCCAGGCGAUGGCAGCUGAUCUGAGGAAGAAGAUCUUCCACGCUGAAGAGGUUUAUGAGCAGGCCAGGUCCAUCCUGAGGGACUUCAGCUGUCAGAGCCAGCAACUCCAGGACGUGAUUUCCCAGAUGGCUGAACAACUGCACGCCGUCGAGAGCACGUUGUCAGAGCUAUCGCACUCAUCUGACCCAGAAAAUGUGGCCAAGAUAAAGGAGCUGCAGAAGACUCUGAAGCAGGUGGACGGUGGUUUGGACGUGACGGGUGAGUCUCUCCGAGUGCUCUGUAGAGCUUACCCUGCUCAGCAGCUAACCGCUCUGGGGGAGAGCAUCACUGAGCUGGUGAAGCGGAGUGAAGCAGCCACUCAGCGUUCCAGCCGAAUCCUCCAAACUCUACAGGAAACACUUCUGCACCGUUUUAAAGAACUCACACAGGAUUUCCACAGUUGGCUCUCGGAGCUGAGAGCAGGUACAGAGGAGCGCUCUGAGGAAGCAGGAGACGUUCCUGAGGUUGCCGCUCAGCUGCAGAGGCUCAAGGUGUGUCUGGAGCGGGUCAGCGAGGGUGAGAAACGCCUGACUAAACUUCACGAAGAGGAAGAGAAGCUCCUAACACACCUGUCUACAUCUGCUGCUGGAGGAGUGCAGGAGCGUCUGGCUUCAUGUCAGCUGGCGCUGGAUGGAUUUACUGCAGCCUGCAGACAGAGAGUGCGGUGUUUAGAGGAGAGUGCCGCCCUACAGGACGGGCUGGAGGUGUGUGUCGAGGAGUUGAGAGACUGGCUACAGCAGAUGGAGGAAAGCCUGCAGAAAGAGGCAGCUCUGUGUAGAGCGAGCCAGCCAGGAGUCCCUGACUGCUCCAUACAGCUAAAAAGAGCGGAGGAAAUCCACAGAGAGCUGCUCGCAAGAAGGCCGUCUCUGGAGCGUCUGUAUCAGGCCUCCCUACCCUUGUCUGAGGUGAACAGUGUCCCUGCCGAGCUCCUCUCCUCCCAUCAGGCUCUGCUUCAGGAGGCCUGGACUCGACUGCGCCACCUGCAGGAGUACCAGGCCUUCGGGGAGGCGCUGAGGGCGGUAGGGGACUGGCUGGAGGAGGUGACGGGCAGGCUGGAGAAGCUGGAGAGCACCGAGGGGAACAAAGAAGAGGUGGAGGAGAGACUGGAACGAGUGCAGGAUAUCCUGUUAAUGAAGGGUGAGGGAGAGGUAAAGUUGAACAUGGCUGCCGGGAAGGGCGAGCUUGUCAUAAAAAGCAGCGGAGACGCUGGACAGGAAGUCAUCCGUUCUAAGCUACAGGAAGUGGAGGACGCCUGGGCGGCACUGCUCUUAAGGGCUAUGAGCUGCCACAGCCGUCUGGAGUGGACCGUGAGUCAGUGGGGGCUGUUUGUGGAGUCUCAAGCUCAGCUCAGGACCUGGUUGGAGGAGGUGGAGGCUGAGGUUAAAGGUCCUCUGGAGCCUCAGCUGGGUCUCCGAGAGAAGAGGCAGCAGCUGGAUAGACUGUGCCUGCUCUCAGCUGAUGUAGAGGACCAUCAGGGGGCGCUGUGUUAUUUAGAGGAGAGCGCCGCUGAGCUGUACAAGCGCACCGGAGACCCCGCCUUUAAGGAGGAGGAGACCGCUCAGCUCAGGGCGCAGUUUGAUGAUGUCAGAGCCGCUGCAGAGGAGAGAGUCCGUCUUUCAGAAGGUGUCGUUUUCGAGCACGAGAAGUACAUGGCGACAGUGAGAGAGCUCACUGAUUGGCUAAUGUCUAAAGGGGAGGAGCUUCAGAGAUGUUCCGACCCAUCCGGUGACUCCGCCUCUGUCGAGAAGAAGCUCUUGGAAGUUCGGGAGCUGGUGGCGCAGGGAGCGCGCGAGGGGCGCGAGCGUCUGCGGCGCGUGCGGCUGAGCGCGGAGAGCGCGUGCAGGCUGACGGCGGCGGCGGGCUGCGAGCUCAUGGACGGCGAGGUGCUGGCGCUGGCGCGAGCCCUGCGGCAGUGGGAGGGGCAGGCGCUGAGGGCGCGCGACGCCCUGGAGACCGCCGUCACCGUGGCUACCGGGGCCGAGCGCGAGCGGCGUCGCCUCGCCGAGCAGCUCGAGGAGGACACGGGGCGGCUCGAGCGGCAGCUGAGGGAGUGGAGCGACGGGCUGAAGCGCUCCGAGAGGCGGAACAGCGGAGCCGCCGCGGUGGAGGGCUGGACUGUCGCCAAGGGUGUCCUGGAAGGCCUGCAAGCGGCUGAAGUCAUGGAGGAGAAGCUGAAGGCUCAACUCAACGAGCUGUGUGGGUUUUCCAGCGAUCUGAGCGCUCAGUCAGAGCGGGUCAGCACUUUGAUCAAACUGCACAACAGUCUGAGUCUGCGAGCAGCUCGUGAGUGUCAGAAUAAGGAGAAGCUCCUGGAGCAGCGUUUUCGCUCGUCUCUGCGUGAUUUCCGUCAGUGGCUGGUCAACGCCAACAUCUCCACGGCUAAAUGCUUCGACUCUCCUCACAGCAUUCAGGAAGCUUCCACCAGCCUCCAGAGGAUUCAGGAGUUCCUGAGUGACAGUGAGCAGGGCCAGGCCAGAUUAAACGCCGUGCUCUCCCACGGGGAUCGGCUUGGCGCCGUGGUGUCCGCUGACAGGGUGGACGCGGUCAGGGCCAAAGCCAACGCUGCCAAGGAUGACUGGAGGAACCUGAUGGACAACCUGAAGCAGAGAGAGACCGUAUUACAGGGUCUGCAGUGUCAGAUGCAGGAGUUCGAGGCGAGUGUGGAGCCUCUUCAGGACUGGAUUAACAGGACAGAGAUCAGUGUACAGGAGAGCAGCGCUCGUCUUCACGAUCUCCCCGCUAAGAGACUGGAGCUGAGCAAACUGCAGUCGGUGCUGGAGGAGAUGGGCUCCAUGGAGUCGGAGCUGGGAAUGCUGAGAGAGAGAGCUCACAGCCUGUGGGAAGGUCAGGCGGCUGGGAAAGGCUUCGUGCACCGGGUCUGUCAGCUCGCCGCACGCUACCUGGCCCUGAGCAACCGCACUAAGGAGAAGGUCUCCAGGGUGGAGCGUGUAGUAGGGGAGCAUCAGCUCUUCUCACAGGGCUUACAGGAACUUCAGCGCUGGGUUUCAGAAGCCCAGCAGAUCCUUGAGACCUGCCGAACUCCCACCGCUGACAAGAGUGUGCUGCUUACCAGAAUGAGCCAGCUCGAGGAGCUGUUGGCGGCGCGUCAGGAGCGGGAGAUCCAGCUGAAGAUGCUCAUCACCAGAGGAGAAGCAGUGCAGAGGAACACCUCAGCCGAGGGGGUACCUGUGGUUCGCAAACAGAUCCAGGACCUUAAAGACUCCUGGGACUCGCUUCUCUCUGCCUCUAUUCAGUGCAAAAGCCAGCUGGAAGGCGCUUUGUCUCACUGGACCAGCUAUCAGGAGGACGUGAGCCAGUUCGAGGGCUGGCUGGAACGUGUGGAGGAGAGUCUGGGGAACUCGGAUAAACUCUACACCGAGAUGAGGGAGAAGACGGCGAAUUUACGCAAGGCGAAGCUGCUUUAUGAGGAAGUGUUGAGUCACUCGAGCCUGUUGGAGACCAUCGCCACAAAGGGCUCCAACCUUCCCGAGCACUCGGCCACUCAGCAGGAGGUACAGGAGCUCAGUGAGCAAUACGAAGCCAUCAAGGACAAAGCCAAGGCUGCUGUCAGGAAGGCGGAAGAGUUGGUCCUGGUCCAUCAGGAGUAUCAGCGCGGUCUGCACAUGUUUGAGGACUGGCUGGAGCAGGAGCAGAGCAACCUGGGUCUUCUUUCACCCCUGGAUGGAGAUGUAAACACACUGGAGAAGACCCUGAAAGAACUGCAUAUGCUCCAGUCACGUUGCUCCGAGGGCCGAACCUUGCUGAAGUCAGCUCUGUCCAGCCGGGAGCGGGUCAUCCCAUGGGGCGUCCCUCAGAUUGAGGACAGGGCUUUGGAGACGGCGCAGAGAGAGUGGCAGACGUAUCAGGACAGGCUGGAGACCACUCAAGCUAGCCUGGAGCAGACGCUCGUCAGACUGCAGCAGCUGGAGGGACGCUUCCAGAGCCUGGACCAGUGGCUGGUAGACAUCGAGCUUAAAGUCAGGCUGAGGAGCCACAGGCGCUCCGAUUGUGCUGCUAAAGAGCUCCAGCUACAGCAGCUACUACGGUGGCAGGUGGAGGCUGUACAGAAGCAGUGUGAGAUGGAGGCUCUGAGUGCUUUAGCUCAGCAGGUUGUGGAAGACGCUCAUGUCAGCGCCCGAGUCAGCGCCCGGGUCACUCAGCUCACCGCCCGCUACCACGCCCUCCUCCUGCGCAUACAGGAGACCAUCCGACAGCUCCAGGAGGAACUGAGGAGCAUCGGUGAAGCUCAGGACGCUCUCAGAACCUUCUCUGAAUGGCUGAGUACGACAGAGACGGGUUUUAAAGCAGCCAGCGAAAGCGAGCAAGCCCUGGACCGUACGUCUCUGGAGAAAAAGAUGAAAAGGCUGGAGUCUCUGCAGCGUGAUGUGGACGAAGGCCACGCCCUGUUUAAGACCCUUCGUGAGAAAGCUGAGCAGGCCGUCUCCUUCCUGGAUGAAAGCGGCGCGUGUAAGCUGGAGAGGGAGGUCCAGGAGAGCCGAUCGCAACUAGAAGAGCUCGGACUGGGGUUACGAACCGAGCACGGCGCUACAGAGAAGAGCACGAUGCUUUAUAAAGAGUUUCAGGAGCGUUAUAAGACCCAAAUGCAGUGGCUGAGAGAAACUCGAGCUCUGCUCAGCUCUUCUGCAGAACCCAAAGCUGAACUCUAUCAGAGAAAAGCCCAGCUGGCAAAGUACAAGGUGUUGGAGCAGUCUCUGCUGUCCCGGGACUCUGCUCUGAGUGCCAUGAUGGAGAAAGGGAAAACCCUGCUGUCUCUCCUCCACUCCCCCUCCGUCACGGAGAACAUGGACAGAUUGCAGAGCGACUAUCGGGAGCUGUGUAACACCGCUAGGACUCAGGUGCAGAAGCUGGAGGCUCAUGUAAAGAAACAGGAAGAGUAUCACACCGAACUCCAGGAAGUGGAACGGUGGCUGCUGCAGAUGUCCAGCCGGAUGGUGACCCCUGACCCCACUCCGGGCGGUGGGCUGGAGGCAGCCACACAACAGCUGGCCAGACACAAGGCCAUCAUGGAGGAGAUUGCGGGCUUUGAGGAGCGUCUGGCGGGACUGAAGGAGAGAGGAGACGAGCUGACGUCUGGCUGCAGCGAGCGCCUCCAGGCUCGCCUUCGCCAGCAGAUCCAGAGCCACCUGCAGGGAGCACGAGACAGCUACUCGGCCAUCUGCAGCACGGCACAGCGCGUGUAUCAGAGUCUGGACAGAGAGCUGCAGAGGCAUGUUAGCCUGCGAGACACAUUGCAGCAGUGUCAGACCUGGCUGUUCAACAUACAGGAGGAACUGCAGCCGCCUGCACAAACGCCACGCUACCUGGAGGAAGCACUGAUCCAGCUGAAGCAGGAGCGAGCUCUUCAAGAGCAGGCCAGUACGUACCUGCAGCUGAUCUGCUCCACCUAUGACCUGUCGGAUGAGAAGGUGCAGGAGACCGCCGCUGAUAUCCAACAAGUCAAAAUCCAGGUUGAGGAAAGGAUGCUCGAAUCCCAAGAACUGGCAGACAGCUGGAGGGAAAUCGAGAGCCUGCGUUCUGAUCUUGAGUCUCGUCUCCGAGAAGCUGAACACUUUCUGCAGAACAUGCUGAGAAGACCAGCAGAUCUUGAGCCAAAGGUCUCUCAGAAUCAGCUGGACCAGGCUCAGGACUUUAUCCAGGAGAUACAAGCCAGACAGGCUGAUCUUACCAGCCUGAGAGAGAGUGUCGGUAGGCUGGUGCCAUCUCAGGAUUCGCCUGUGCUGGUGGAAAUAGGUCGUCUGCGCAGAUCUUGGUUAGAGCUUGCAAAGCAGGCUGCAGAGCUGUUGGAGCAGAGAGAGGAGGAUCUCCAGAGGAGUGGGGAUUAUCAAGAGUGCCUCAGCAUGGCAGAAGAGCUGUUUGACCAGUUGUCCAAGGAAUGGGAUUAUCUGUCCAGGGGCGAUAUGGAGAGCACUGCGGGAUGUUUAGAUGCCUUGAAGAAGCUCUCCAUAGAUCUUCAGGACCAGAGGUGUGUGUUAGAAGACUUGAAAGAUAACAAGAAUGCAAUCCUGUCACGCCUUAGUCUCGAGGACAAGGACCUUGUCAAGGAGCAGGUAGGUUACCUGGAGCAACGCUGGACCCAAAUGGAAAUGCAGGUUGAACAGAAGGUACAGGGUACCAUUCAAACCCUUGAAGACCUGAAUCAUUUAGAGGACCUGUUACGGGAAACCCAAGAGUGGGCUGAGGUGCAGCGACCAUCUCUUUCUGACGUGCUGAAAACCAGCCCCCCUCCAGACCUUGCUCAGAGCUUUUUAUUUGACCACUUGAGCUUUUGUGCAGAGCUAGAAGCCAAGCAGCAGCUCAUUAAUCAAUCAAUGUCUGAGGCUGACAGCCUUUAUUCUCAUCUAGGACUAAUAGAGAAAAGGAGACUGCAGACCUUGGUGCAGGAUGUUCAAGCAGAGGUAGAAUCCCUUGGCUCAAAGGCAGCUCAUCACCGCAAAAGCCUUAGUAAAGUAUUCACAGAGCGGACACAGUUCCUCCAGGCCUUGGAUAGGGCUGCUGGAUGGAUCAAACAGCAAGAGCAGAGAGUUCUUACAGAUGAGCAUGUGGCACUCUUGCCAGAUGAGCUCUCCAAGCAGGUGUCUAUUUGCAAGAACAUAUGUAGCAGCCUGAGGGCAUAUCAAGUGGAACUGACCUCGCUUUGGACACAAGGAAGGGAACUGGUAAAGGAUACAACCGAGGACGAGAAGGUGGAGACCUUUCAAAGGCUUGAGGAGCUUCAGGGAACUUUCGAGGCUUCCCUCCAAAGGUGCACACAUCAUUUGCAGCACCUGGAGAGAGCCCUGGUUAUUCGAAAGUACUUCAAAGUAGACCUGGAUAGAAUCUGCGAGUGGCUGAGACAUGCAGAAGCAGCCACAUUCCCUGUAAUAGACCUCAGAAGGAAUGAUGUGGAGCUGCAGAACCAGUUGGCAAAAUACCAGCAGAUUUUAGAUCAUACCUCAGCAUAUGAGAACCUAUUACUUAUUGUCCAGAGGGCAGGACAGGAAAUUCUUCCCACCUUAAAUGAGGUGGAUCACUGCUACCUGGAUGAGAAACUUAAUGGCCUUCCACAACAAUACAAUGCCAUUCUUUUGUCAACCAAAGAAAAGCGAGACAGGAUCCAACGAGUGAUUCUGGAACGCAGGGAAUUGGAGUCCCUUACUGAAGUGACACGCAAAGCUUUGGAGGAACUUCAGCAGCAAUGUGAUGCCUUAGAGAAACAAUCAACUAGUAGAAGUCUUGAAGAUGGGGAAAGGUUGCAUGGUGACUAUGAAGAGAUCCAGAAAGGCCUUUCAAACUUUUUCCAGGCAAUGAAUGAGUUGAAGAGUAAAACUCAGGACUUUCAUUGCACAGGACAACCAUAUACACAUGAGGUCAUUGACCAGCUGGCAAGUCUUUAUAGCAGACUUGAUCAAGCAACAAAGGAAAAGGUUAACCAACUCAAACGUAUGUUGAAUGUAUUAAAUGAUUACAGGGCCACAAUUGUAAAAAUGGAUAGUGGCAUUAAUGCAGUCAAGGAGCAAAUGGAUAAACUUAAUUCUGAGAAGCAGUUAAAUGCCAUGGAGAGAUUAUCCAAACUGCACAAACUGGCCAAAGAGCUAGAUGAGAUUACUUCUUAUUCUGAAGGUCUAUCUGGACAGAUAGUGGAGUUCAGCCAGCACUUUGACCACAAUACCAUUAAGACUCAGGUUUCCAUGAAGGAGACACAGCUUCAAGCCUUGAAAUCAAACAUUUCCAAAUGCAUAGAAGAAUGUGAACAUUGUGCUAAGUCAUGUGUUGGGGGUGAGCCUAGCUUCCAGACUGAGAUCAAAGAAAACUUAGUGUGGCUCAAGAUGGUUAGAGAGGACCUCAGACGUUUGUUUACUCUUCAGGAAAUCAAUGUUAAUGUUGUUCAGGAUGAGAUCAGAUCAGCAGUCUCACUUCAAAGGGAAAUUAAAUCUAGGCUCCAGUUGCUGGAAGUUUUAAGCCAAAAUGAGAGGCAAAGGUACAAGACCGCUGAACAGCCAUUCCCCAGUGACAUGGAGAUCUGUUUGAAGGAUAUUGCAGACUUGGAAAGCGAGGUUCAGGAAUCCCUCUCAACCAAACAGGUGGUCUUGCAGUCAGCACUAUCCUUGCUACAAUUGUAUCAAAGUGCCUUGAAGUCUACUUGCCAGUGGUUUGAAGAUGCCGAUGCUGUCCUAAAGCAGAAGAACCAGGAACUAGAAUUGGAAGACCUUACAGAGCGCCUCGAGGAACUUAAACAUGUUUUGACCCAGGAACCAACCAUAAAGAAGGCAAUUCAGGAUAUCGAGGGCAUUCUCCCUAAAAUGGAGGACUUUGUUGAUUCUGAUGUUAUUGUUAAACUCAAAGAAGGCUAUGAGACCACUUGUCAAAGGAGUGCUGAGCUCAUGGAGCAGCUGAGAUGUCACCAAGAAACCUUAAACAGAUGUUUAACUCAGUGGAUGUCAUUUAACAAUGAUAGAGAAGUACUUAUAAGUGAACUGAAUGAAUUUGAGAGGAGAUUGGCUGGGUUUAGCACAGCUAAAUCAAGCUCUCUUCAAGAGGCCGAGGAGAAGCUUCGUUUUCACCAGGAUGUUGUUUUCUACCUGGAGGCUUGUCAGGAUAAACUGACAAACCUGAAAGAACAGUCAGAGCAGUUUAAGCUGAAGUCUGUGUCCAGUGCUGCAGUUUCGCAUUCAGUCUGUGCACUAUGCCAGCGAUGGACUCAGUUAACCAGUGUAGCUAAAGGACAGGAGAAGGCUCUUAAGGACACAGUGCAUGACUGGAGACGUUUCAUUGAGAAGCUGGAGAAGAUGAGGUCUGUGUCAGAGGACCUGCACAGCCGAGUUCCUGACAGCGUGGUGGAGAAAGCAGCCAGCACCGUGGCCCUUCACAACCUGUUAGAGUAUCAUGACUCCUUUAGCCGAGAGGUGGAGAGAGAGAACAGCGCCCUGACACUCCUCAGACACCACGCCCUCCACCUGCUCCUCCACUCUGAUGCUGCAGGGCUAAAGAUGCCCAGCGACCAGACCAGCUCUAUCAGCAACCAAACAACCAGGCUUGGCAAGCUGUCAGCCACACCCCUCAAGCAACCAACCACACCCAUCAAGCAACCAACCAUGCCAAGCAAGCUGCCAACCUCAACCAGCAACCAAUCAACCACGCCCACUACACAGACAGCCCCUCCCAACAACCACAUAGACAUGCCUAGUGAUCAAACAGCCACGCCCAGCACACAGCUAACCACUCCUAGUUCACAAUCAACCACACCCACUACACAGCCAGCCACACCCAACAACCAAUUAGACACACCUAGCAUUCAAACAGCCACGCCCAGCACACAGAUAACCACACCCAGUACACAAUCAACCGUGCCCAAUACACAGCCAGCUACACACAACAACCACUUAGACACACCUAGCAUUCAAACAGCCAUGCCCAACACACAGAUAACCACACCCAGUACACAAUCAACCGUGCCCAAUACACAGCCAGCCACACACAACAACCACUUAGACACACCUAGCAUUCAAACAGCCACGCCCAGCACACAGCCAACUACGCCCAGCAACCACUUAGAUAUGGUUAUCACACAGCCAGCCACACCCAAAUACCAAACAACCACACCUAUCAACCAGCUAGCCACACCCACCAAGCAGGCCAAUAACACCAGCAAUGAAGAUGCUUUCUAUCUGAAAGAGAUUCAAGCAAUGCAGGGGAAAUAUGAGAGCCUGCUACAGAAAGUGUUUGUGAGCCGGCAGCAGGUGCAGGUGGAGCUGCUGGAGAGAGAGGAGGUGGAGAGGGAGCUGGGACUCGUUAAAGGCUGGAUCCAGGACACACAGGGCCUGUUGCUCAGCCCGACAGCUGACCUGGACACCCUGCUCUCUGACCUGGAGACGGCUCACGGCAGUGUUCAGUCUCAGCGGCAGGCUCUGGAGCAGAUUGCGGAUCGCCAGCAGAUGAAAUAUAAAGACCUCCAUGUCACUGUUCCCUCUGAGAUCAGCACCCAGCUGGCACAGGUCACACUGGCGCUGGGCUCAGCAGAGGACCAGGUGCAGAGCCGAGAGAGAGAAGUGCAGCACAGCAGAGACGUUAAAGAAGACUUUACCGCCAGACUGAAGGACAUCUCGGAGAAAGUCAGCACCAUCUCCGUGAAACUGAAGCAGAAGAGUGUGGAUGUAGACGAGGCCAAAGAGGAGACGGAGACUCUGCGUGAGGAGCUGGAGGACUGCUCUCAUGCUCUCUCAGAGCUGGACGUGGCCAUGCAGGAGUUCGGGGAGCAGAACCCGCUCCUGGCGCGGCAGCUGGGCGCCACACUGAGCAAACUCACCGAGCUUCACUCUCAGACCAGCAGACUCGCAGAGGGAAGGACCACACGGCUUAAGAAGGCUGAGCAGCACUUUGAGGAGUUUAACGAGAGACUGACCCUGAUACUGAACUGGACAGAAAAAGCCGAGGCUCUAGUUUCUUCCAGCAUCGUGUGGAGCCCCGCCUCUAUGAUGCAGGAGCAAAUCAGAACACACCAGGCGCUGCUGCGGGAGUGGCGGAGGCUGCAGGGUGAGAUGGAGGCGGUGAUGGAGAGAGUGGGGUUGUUGGGAGAGGUGGUGCACACUGACGCACUUCACCAGCAGGUGGCAGAGCUGAGCCAUCACGCCGAAGAGCUGCAGCAACGCGCCAAAACACGCCUGCUGAAUCUGCAGGACGCUGCGAAGGACCUGAGCAGGCUGGAGAGCGAGGUGAAGAGCCUCCACCGGUCUAUAGAGAGAGUUCAGGAGACGCUGGCGUCCCCGGAGCUGGCUCGCCUCAGCCUCAGAGAACAGCUGCUCCAGAGACAGCACCUGCUGACAGAAAUGGAGGGCUUUAAGGUGCAGGUGCAGGCCGUACAGAAGUGUAUGAGCGCUCUGCAGCUGCCUGAGGAAGCCGUGGCCACGUUACCCCUGUGUGUCACUGCGCAGAGUCUACAGCAGGACAGCAGCCAUCUCCAACACACCACCAUACAGCAGUGCAAUAUACUGCAGGAGGCCGUGGUGCAGUACGAACAGUAUGAACAGGAAGUGAAGAACCUUCAGAAGAUGAUUGAGGAAGCGCAGCGUGUUAUUCAGGACCGACCCGUCGCUACGGGCAACAUCCACGAGCUUCAGACGCAGAUCCAGCACCAUGAGGAGCUGGCCCAGAAGAUAAAAGGCUACCAGGAGCAGAUCGCAGCCCUGAACUCCAAGUGCAAGAUGCUGACGGUGAAGGCCAAGCACGCCACCAUGCUGCUAACAGUCAGCGAGGUAGGGGGGCUCUCAGACGGCCUGGAGGAGCUGGAGGAUGAGGAGGAAGAGAUGGCCAAACACCCUACAACACACCCCUCAGUCGUCAUGAUGACAGCGGGCCGAUGUCACACUCUCCUGUCUCCUGUAACGGAGGAAUCGGGUGAGGAGGGCACCAACAGCGAGGUCUCCUCCCCUCCGGCCUGCAGAUCCCCCUCACCCGGGCCUAACGCUGACGUCUCCCUUAACCAGGCUUCAGGAAGGGCCCCGUUAAGUCGCGCUCCCCUACAGGAGCUGUACGACCAGUCCAUGGAAUCCGCUGCCACGGCUAACCUGGAUGACUUACAGCGCUCUUGGGAAACGCUGAAGAACGUGAUCAGCGAGAAACAGAAGAGUCUGUAUGAGGCUCUGGAGAGGCAGCAGCACUACCAGGAGACUUUACAGUCCAUCUCCAACAAGAUGGAGUCCAUCGAGGCCUCACUCAACGAAGGACUAGAACCUGGAAAGACUCCCGAGAGCCAGAUGGCAGCUCACCAGGCGCUGAUGGAUGAGAUCCUGAUGCUGCAGGAUGAGAUCAGCGCUCUGCAGGCGUGUUUCUCAGAGGAGCUCCAGGGAGAUGAGGAGAGCCCCGAACAGGACGCCGGUGACCAGCUGGCACUGCACUCCACCCUCACCGUGCUGGGAGAACGCAUGGCCACCAUCCGCAUGAAGGCCUCGGGCAAGCGCCAGCUCCUGGAGGAACGACUGAACGAGCAGCUGGAGGAGCAGAGACAGGAACAGGCCCUGCAGCGUUACCAUAGCGAGGCAGAGGAGCUCGAUCAUUGGCUGCUCAGCACGCGAGCGACGCUUAACUCCGCCCUCCAGCCGCAUCCAGAGGACAUGGACAUGGAGGAGCAGCUGAUCGACUGUCAGAACAUGUUGUUGGAGAUCGAGCAGAAGGUGCAGUAUCUGUCCGAGCUGUCCGUAAACAGCGAGAGCCUCCUGCUGGAGGGGAAGGCUGGCAUGCGGGGAGACGCCGAGCAGCUCACGCUCAAACUGCACAGCCUCAAAGCCAGUCUGCUGGAGCUGCAGCGCAUCCUACAGGACAAACACACACACAUCCAGGGUUCUUUAAUGGAGCAGGAGGAGAGUGAGACGGACUCGUCGUUGUCUCAGAGCCCCAGCGUACUGGACUGGCUCAAUCAGGCUCGGUCCACUCGCAGCCAGCAGCACCAGGACACAGUGCAGAGACAACGGGAAUUAGAAGUGCAGCUUGAGGAGCAGAGGAAGCUGAUGCAGUCUGUCGCCUACCGAGGGGAGGAGCUUCUCUCACAGCAAACCACGCCCAAUGGAGAGAGUGCUGAAAAUCUGCAGGACAUGUUGGAUCUGGGUGAGAGUGAGAGCGUGAGCGAACAGGAUUGUAUAAGGAUGAAGUGGGAGAAUCUGAGUAAAGACCUGAACACCAAACUGCAGCUUUUAUCCAACACCGUGCAGGAGGAACAGCUCAGCUCGGUGUAUCAGCGAUCUCGAGUGUCCAGCCCAGGAAGUCUUUUCAGAGGGGCUCAACUCACACCAGACGUUUUUUCCCCCAGUGCUUUAUUUGAGACUUUUAACCACAAACUGGAGGAACUAGCUGAGGCUGAUGUUAAACACACUGUCACUCGGGAGAGGACUCUGUACGAGGCAGUGUGUUCAGCCUCCACCUGGCUGGACGGUGCAGAGAGCAGUCUGCUCUCCGGCCCUGUGCUGCUGUCUGACGACUCACAGAUUCAGCUGUGUCAUUUAGAGGGUUUGUAUAAGGAGGUGAAGAAUGUCAGCGAGGAGGUGUGUAAGUGUCGGGAGGUGCUGGACGGAUGUGAUGAAGGAGGUGAUGGCUUGAUCGAAGAUGUGCUGGAUGGACUGGAUGAGAGACUGAGAUUGAUGGAUUCAUUGCUGGAGCAGAGAUGUGACAGUAUUAGAGACAGACUGCAGGAACAUACCACUUUUCAGGCUGAGUUGAGGCAGUUAUUUGCUGCCAUGAGCGACUCAAAGCAUCAGCUGCUGCAGAAGAUGUGUGGAGCUGCAGAUCGUCCAGCGUCCAGACAGCUAGAGACUCUGGCUGAAGCAGAGGACAGUCUGAGGGAGUUUGAACAGAGAGUGGGUGAGAUGAGGACUAAGGGAGAAAAGCUGCAGUCAGACCCAGUGACCACACAGGAGCUGCUCAGACUACAGGACAUGUAUGAGGAGCUGGUGGAGAUGGUGGGCUCCAGGCGGAGUGCUCUGAACCAGAUGCUGGUGUUGAAGGCGCAGUAUGAGAAAGCUUUACACGACCUGCAGGAGCUCGUGGACACGGCGCAGGACAAAAUGGCCGCAGAUCAGAAGAUGACCGCAGGCUCUGUGCUCGAGGUUCAGAUCCUCCUGGACAAGCACAAGGAGUUUUUUCAGGGUCUGGAGGCCCAUGUGGUGCUGACACAGGCCUUCUUCAGGCAGGUCAGUGUGGUGAUGGUGCAGAGAGAGGCUCAGAUGCUGGAGCAGACCGUAGCUCAGGCUCACACUGUCCUCAAACAGGCUCACAGGAGAGGAGUGGAGCUGGAGGGCAUCCUGGAGGACUGGAGCAGGUUUGUUGGAGAUUACCAGGCUCUGUAUAAGCAGUUGGAGGUGGUGGAGAGCAGCAUUCCGGCCGUGGGGCUGGUGGAGGAGACGGAGGAGAGACUGAGUGAGAGAAUUGCACUUUACCAGUGUCUGAAGAGCACGCUGGUGGAGCGCCAGCAGCAGCUCUAUCAGGUUCUAGAGGAUGGGAAGAGACUGUUACUGAGUGUGUGCUGCUCAGAGCUCGAGGCUCAGCUCACUCAGCUCGGAGAACACUGGCUCAGCAGCACUACCAAAAUCACCAAAGAGCUUCAGCGCCUCGACUCCACGCUCAAACACUGGACCAGGUAUCAGAGCGACUCAGCAGAACUGAGUCAGUGGUUGUCCUCGGCUCUGGACAGGCUUGAGUUCUGGAGCACGCAGUCCGUUACUGUUCCUCAGGAGCUGGAGACGGUCCGAGACCACCUGCACGCCUUCCUGGAGUUCUCUAAAGAAGUGAACGCUAAAUCAUCCCUGCGCUCGUCCGUCCUGAGCCGCGGUAACCAGCUGCUGAGGCUGAAGAAGGUGAACACGGCGGCGCUCCGGACUCACCUGGGCCAGGUGGAGACGCAGUGGGCGGAGCUUCUCACACGCAUCCCUGUAGUGCAGGAGAAACUCCACCAGCUGCAGAUGGAGAAACUGGCGUCCCGUCACGCCAUCACCGAGCUGAUGAGCUGGAUUUCCCUCAUGGAGAACGUCAUCCAGGAGGACCAGAACAAGAUCCUGGAAGCCGUGGGCUCAGAGGUGGUGCAGGCCUACAUCCAAAAAUACAAGGGUUUCGGGAUCGAUCUGUCCUGUAAGCAGCUGACGGUGGACUUUGUGAAUCAGUCGGUGCUGCAGAUCAGCAGUCAGGACGUGGAGGGGAAGCGCAGCGAUAAGACCGACUUUGCCGAGCGUCUGGGAGCCAUGAACCGGCGCUGGCAGAUUCUGCAGGGCCUCAUCACGGAGAAGAUCACGCUGUUGGAAAGUUUACUCGAGAGCUGGUUGGAGUAUGAAAACGGAGUCCAGACCCUGAAAACCUGGAUCAGCACACAGGAGGAAAAACUGAAGAAGAAACCCAGGAUUGAGGACGUGGCCUCAGUGCAGAACCUGCUGAAAGACUGCCAGGAGCUGGAGGAGUUGGUGAAAGAGAAAGAGAAGGACCUGGAGAAAGUGGAGGAAAAAGGAUGCUCGCUCAUCCAGGGCAAGAAAGGAGACUCCGCUGCUGUCGUCAUGGAAACGCUUAAAGGGCUAAACCAAGCUUGGACCAACUUGGACCAGAUGGUCGGCCAGGUGAAGAUCAAUCUGCGUGCCGUGCUGGAGCAGUGGAGUCUGUACAAGCGAGCGUCUGAGGAGAUCCAUGGCUACCUGAUGGAGGGACAAUACUCCAUCUCGCGCCUCAGGCUCCUCACCGGUUCUCCUGAGGCCGUCCUCAUGCAGGUGGAGAACCUGGAGAGUCUGCAGGAGGAACUGGAGAAGCAGGAGAGCAGUGUGAAGAAGUUCGGCUCUCUCACCGAGCAGCUGCUGAAAGACUGUCACUGCACUGUGGCUGAUUCUCUCAACACGACCCUCACCGAGAUCAACCACAGGUGGAACUCGCUGCUGGAGCAGAUCUCAGAUCAGUUGAGGAGCAGUAAGAACCUGCUGCAGCUGUGGCAGCGCUAUAAAGAGCUUCAUGAGAGCAGCAGUAAGGAUGUGCAGAGACUGGAAGAGAGGGCGGAGCGUUUACUCAACAGCUCCGCCCACAGGGAGACCACGGAACAGGAAGUGAAGACCUGGAUCCAUGACUGUGAUGACUUGCUGAAGGCUCAUGGCUCAGUCCAGGCCACGCUGCAGCAGCUGACUGAUGUGGAGGAACAGCUGAGGCUGCAGGUGGAGCCGUCAUCCAUGGCAACCUUCCACACAGACUACCUGUCACUCAUCCGGCGCCUAGCAACAGUGGGACACGCCCUCCACAGGCAGCAGGCUCUGAUAGAGGCGAGCGUGAAGGACUACGAGAGCUUCAGGGAGGAGCUGCGGUGUCUGAGUCGGUGGCCCGAGGAGGCGCAGGAGGUGCUGAAGGAGUCGGAUCCGGCCGCGUCUGCAGAUCUGUGCUCUGUGCAGGAACGCAUGGAGAAACUCAAAAUCCAGAUGCUUAAUCUGAGUCGUCUGUCUCCUGAUCUGGAGAGGUUAAACAGUCUGGGCUACAGACUUCCUCUAAAUGAUCAGGAUAUCAAAAACCUUCAGAACCUGAACAGGAGCUGGGCGUCCACCUCGGCACACAGCACAGAGAGAUUCAGUAAGCUACAAGCCCUGGUGCUGCAGAGACAGAGUUUCCUGGAGAAGUGUGAGAUGUGGCUCAGCUUCCUGACGCAGACGGAGGAGAAGCUUGGGGCUGAGAUCUCGGGAAAUUACCAAAGCCUGUUAGAGCAGCAGAGACAGCACGAGCUGUUCCAAGCUGAGAUGUUCAGUCGACAGCAGAUCCUCUACUCCAUUAUUAGUGACGGCCAUCAGCUCCUGAAUCAGGGACGAGUGGAAGACAGAGAUGAUUUUGGCCUGAAGUUGGCGCUGUUGAGUAAUCAGUGGCAGGGCGUGGUGCGGAGAGCGCAGCAGAGGCGGGGCAUCAUCGACGCGCUGGUGUGUCAGUGGCAGCGCUACACUGAGCUCUCUGAUAAACUGAGACACUGGCUGCAGGAGGCGGCUCUAGAACCGGAGGAGGAACCGCAGCAGCAGCAGCAAGGACGAGUCAUGGCACUGCAGCAGGCCCGAGGAGUUCUCGACCACAUACAGCUGAAGGAGCGGGUGCUACAGAGGCAGCAGGGCAGCUACAUCUUGGCGGUGGAGGCAGGAAGGCAGCUUCUCCUCUCGGCCGACGCCCAGGCAGAGGCGCUGCUGCAGGAGGAGCUGACGGAGCUACAGGAGCGAUGGAGGAGCACCAGCAUCCGUCUGGACCAGAGGAAGAAGGAGCUGCUCUCGCUGCUAAAGGACUGGGAGCAGUGUGAGAAAGGAAUUGCUGCGUCACAUGAGAAGCUGAGAGCAUUUAAGAGGAAGCUCUCUCUGCCUUUACCUGAUCACCAUGAAGAGCUGCACAACGAGCAAAUCCGCUGCAAGGAGUUAGAGGGCAGCACAGACAGCUGGGCGGACGACGUGGACACUUUGUGUGUCCUCAGAAACUCGCUCUCGAGCAGCCUGAGCUCCAAUGACCUCACGGUACUACAGGAGAGACUGGAGCUGCUGCAGAGACAGUGGGAGGAGACGUGUCACCAGCUAACCCUGCGUAGGCAGCAGGUGAGUGAGAAGCUGAACGAGUGGGCCGUGUUCAAUGAGAAGAAUAAGGAGUUGUGUGAGUGGCUGACUCAGAUGGAGAGCAAGGUGUCUCAGAACGGAGACAUCACCAUCGAUGAGAUGAUCGAGAAGCUCAGGAAGGACUAUCAGGAGGAGAUCUCUGUAGCACAAGAGAAUAAGCAGCAGUUGGAGCUCAUGGGCGAGAGAUUGGCUCAGGCCAGUCACGAGAGCAAAGCGGCUGAGAUCCAGUAUAAACUGAGUAAAGUGAACGAGCGCUGGCAGCACCUGCUCGACCUCAUCGCAGCCAGGGUGAAGAAGCUGAGGGAGACUCUGGUGGCGGUGCAGCAGCUGGAUAAGAACAUGAGCAGUCUGCGUACGUGGCUCACACACAUUGAGACGGAACUGUCACGGCCCAUCGUCUACGAGACCUGCGACACAAACGAAAUACAGAAGAAACUCAGCCAGCAGCAGGAUUUGCAGCGGGACAUUGAGAAGCACAGCACGGGCGUGGCCUCGGUGUUGAACCUGUGUGAGGUGCUGCUCCACGACUGCGACGCCUGCGCUGCCGAGACCGAGUGCGACUCCAUCCAGCAGGCCACACGCAGCCUGGACCGCCGCUGGAGGAACAUCUGUGCCGUGGCCAUGGAGCGCAGACUCAAGAUCGAGGAGACGUGGAGGUUGUGGCAGAAGUUUCUGGAUGAUUAUUCGCACUUUGAGGACUGGCUGAAGGCGUCGGAGAGAACCGCAGCUCUGCCCAACUCGUCCGGAGUGCUCUACACCGUCGCUAAAGAGGAGCUGAAGAAGUUUGAGGCAUUUCAGAGGCAGGUGCAGGAGUGUUUAACUCAGCUGGAGCUCAUCAAUAAGCAGUACCGGAGGCUGGCGCGUGAGAACCGCACAGACUCAUCCUGCCGACUUCGCCAAAUGGUGCAUGAUGGGAACCAGCGCUGGGACACGCUGCAGAGGAGAGUGGCGGCCAUCCUGCGCAGGCUGAAGCACUUCAUCGGCCAGCGUGAGGAGUUCGAGACGGUCAGAGACGGGGUUCUGGUGUGGCUGACGGAGAUGGACCUGCAGCUCACCAACAUCGAGCACUUCUCCGAGUGUGACGUUCAGGCCAAGAUCAAACAGCUCAGGGCGUUCCAGCAGGAGAUCGAUCUGAACACGGGGAAGAUCGGGGGCGUGUUCAGUCAGGGUGAAGCUCUGAUGGAGAAGAGCGAGCCUCUGGACGCUGCUGUAAUAGAGGAGGAGCUGGACGAGCUGCAGCGGUACUGCAGGGAAGUGUUCGGCCGCGUCGAUCGAUACUACAGGAAGCUCACACGCCUGCCGCUGGCUGAUGACGAGUGUGACGGUUCAGAUCGGGAGUUUGACCUCGAUGGCUCAGGUGACCUCUCUGACCUCCAGUGGGAGGACGGGAACUCUUUAACCAGCACCAACAGCCGGACCCCGUCCGUUAGCCCGGCGCCGCUGCGCGCUAACUGCUCGGGUCGGGAGACUCCGGCCAGCGUGGACUCCAUCCCCUUAGAGUGGGACCACGACUACGACCUUGAGCCCAUGGGUCAGACCAUGUCAUCAAAGAAGAGGGGGCAGGGCGAAGAGGACGAGGAUGUUGCAUGCAGCACUACUGCAGCUCUCAAAGACGUAGUGAUUCCCGAGAGUCCUGAGGCUUAUAUAAAACUGACAGAAAGCACACUGAGGUCCUCCUCUGGUGACUCGGCUCGUAACGUACUGGACCUCGACAGCCAUAACACCUCGUAUAGUGGUUACAUGCGUCUGAUGGGAGACUGUCGAGGCAGUAUAAACGCUGUGAAGAGAGCAGAGGGAGAGCUGGAGGAGGAAGAGAGCGACCUGUCAGGAUUAAACAACCCCGAGAACGCAGAACCACAGAACACAGGUGUGAUCGAGCGCUGGGAGCUCAUCCAGGCUCAGUCCCAUAACUCCAACCAAGACCUGCUGCUAUGGCAACAGCUGACCUCUGACCUGGAGGAUAUGGAGGCGUGGCUUAGCCAGACAGAGGAGGAGCUGGCUGAGCUGAAGGGGAGGGACUUGAGCACGGAUAUAUACACCAUCGACCAAAGGAUCCGAAAACUCAAGGAUCUGCAGAAGGAAGUGGAUACCCAUAAGCCCACAGUGCUGUCCAUCAACCUGAACAGCGUCAGGCUCGUCCAAUCAGACGGCGAGGAGAGCAGGAAGCUGAGGAGGAGGCUGAAGGAGAUGAACUCCCGCUGGGACAGACUGGGUAAAGCUCUGCAGCAGUGGAGAGCAGCGCUACAGGACGCACUAAUGCAGUGCCAGGAGUUCCAUGAGCUGAGUCACGGCCUGCUGCUCUGGUUAGAGAAUAUCGACCGGAGGAGGAAUGAAAUCGUUCCCAUCGCGGCAGGACUGGACCGUCACACACUCCAAGCCCAUUACAGAACGCUAGAGCAAAUCGAGCAGGAGUUGCGGGAGACGGAGCGCAGUGUGAGCAGCCUGCAGGAGCUCUCGCUGCAGCUGCUGGUGCAGGCGCAGGGCAGCGAGAGUCUGGAGGCGCAGGAGCGAGUGCACGUCAUCGGGAACCGCCUCCGCCUGCUGCUCAACGCCGUCACCUCCGACCUGCAGCUGCUGGAGAGCCGGCUCCAGACCUCAGCAGACACACACGUGCCGUCGGUUUGGUCUGCGGUCGAUGAUGUGGACACGUCGGGAUCGGCCAGUCCCGUGUCUGUGGUCAGCGUGCCUGUUCAACACCACACGCUACGGAGCAAAUGUAAUGUGUCAGGAGCAGGAUCCUCAGCCAGCCUGCCGCGCCACAGGUCCCCCGGGGUUUCUGCGUGCGCUUCCUCUCGCUGUGGUUCCUCCGGGCCACGCGGUGGCGCUGCUGCGGCUCGCUGCCAGCCCUUCCUGCUGCGGGUCCUGCGGGCGGCUCUGCCUCUGCAGCUCCUGCUGCUGCUCAUCGUGGGUUUGGCGUGUCUGGUGCCCAUCACUGAGGAGGAUUACAGCUGCGCCAACCACAACAACUUCGCCCGCUCAUUCCACCCCAUGCUGCGCUACACCAAUGGCCCCCCGCCCAUCUGAGGCCCCCCCACACCCACGUCCCUCAGGAGGCAGGACAAUAUGAAGUGAACUUAUAAGACUGUCUAUUAGCCAAAGCUGAAUAUUUGAAUAUUAUCCAUGUACAGGUAAAUACCGCUGCUAUUUUGAUUUUUUUUUUUUUUUUUGUUUGUUUUUUUUUUUUUUAACUUUAAAUUAUUGAUUGCAAUCAGAAGUGUAAUGACGAUCGUCUGAUCGUUAGCCGAAGCCUGAACGGGAUUCUUCGGGAACCAGGACAAUGAAGUGAAUCAGACUUUAUAGCACUGACUCGAGCGUAUUUUAAGGUACUGCACUUAAACCGUCCAGCUAAACGGCCAAUGCUGUUUGCUUACUUUGUGAAAAUUAUUUUUUCAUUUAAAGAUUGUAUUUGAGAUACAAAAAGCUAUAUAAAAUUUCACUUAAAGUGAUUUUGAUAAGUAUUUGAAUGCCCUUUAAAUAUGAUGUAUUUAUUUAAGUUUUUUUGUUUGGUUGUUUUUUUUUUAUUAUUAUUAUCUUUACUCACGGCAUGCGGUUGAUGCAUUUUUUUUAAACACUAAACAAUCACUGAUAGUUACUUGUCUGUAAGAGCCAAGCUUUUUUCUAAAUACUAGUAGGUCACUAGGUUGUUAAAAAGAAUGUAUAAAACAUCAAUUAUGAAAUUGUCAGUGCUUAUUUAUGAGUGUACAGUUUACUAACACUGACAGUAAAUAAGGUUUUUCUGAUUAAUAUAUACAUAA